AGAUGGAAUAAUCCCUUCCUGGUUUGAAGCGAUUUGAAGUUUGACCCCAAUGGCCAUGGCACCCGAAGGAGAUGGUGCGCAGGGAGACGAUGAGACCAUUGGCGACGGAGAGGACUGGGACGCGCCCGGAGAACCGAGCGAGCUCUCAACACUUUCUGCUCAAACAGAAUGGAUGAAUCAGCAGUCCAUGGACGACCAAGGUGCCGGGAUGACCGCUCCGAUGAUGAACGAACUCUUGGCGGCAAACCAGCCUGUGAUUGUUGACGACACCAAUAUCAUCAAUGUGUGGAGGCAUAAUCUUGAAGACGCCUUCAGGGAGAUCUCUGACAUCGUUCAAACGCACCCAUACGUUGCUAUGGACACGGAAUUUCCUGGUGUUGUUGCAAGGCCUUAUGGAACCUUCCGUUCUCACACAGAUUAUCAAUAUCAAACUGUGAAAUGCAAUGUUGACCUGUUAAGGAUAAUUCAGCUCGGAUUAACUUUCUCGGACGAGAACGGAAACUUACAUGAAAGGUGCACAUGGCAAUUUCAUUUCAGCUUUGAUCUGGAAAAUGAUAUUUUCGCCCAAGAUUCGAUCGAUCUGCUGCGAAAGGCUGGUGUAGAUUUUGAAAAGCAUCAAAAAGAUGGAAUUGAUGUAGAAGAAUUCGGGGGAUUAUUCAUGGUUUCUGGACUCACUCUUAGUGAGGAAGUGCGAUGGAUUUCCUUCCAUUCAUACUUCGAUUUUGGGUAUCUGGUGAAAGUGUUGACGAAUGCCAAGCUUCCUGAGAAGGAAAGCGACUUCUUUGCUCUGCUCGGUGAUUACUUUCCAUGCUUCUUCGAUAUCAAGUACAUCAUGAAGAGCUGCGAAUCACUGAAAGGAGGUCUGAAUCGCAUUGCCGAGACGCUCGAGGUGAAGAGGGUGGGACCGUCGCAUCAAGCAGGCAGCGACAGCUUGGUCACAUCUUUGACAUUUUUCAAAAUGGCAAGAUUAUUUUUUGAGAACAACAUCGAUGAAUCCAAGUAUGCUGGGGUCCUCUAUGGUCUUGGUCAAGGAUCGGUCUCCGGUCCAACCACGUGGAACGCGAACCAGGCCUGAGGCUUGUAAGAAGCUGCUCAUGGGAAUGGAUGAGACUGUACAUGCGAUGGAUCAGCAAGCGGGAAACAACGAAUGGUGGCGCAACAUGUAUGGAGAGGGACUUGGCGUUGGACGGCGACAAGGUUGAACAGAAGGAUGUACCAUGAAAUGUGUAAUCGAAGUUGUAAGGGAAACCUGUUUUUUUCUUUGCUCACAGGGAAUUUCUUC